CUGCAACUUCACGGCAUACGGCACCCGCGGCAUACGGUGCUGCAGUGUACAAUCAACGUCUUCGCACCGCUACACAAUAUGUUGUUCCAUUUCUUACACCUUAAUAAUCUCAUAUAGCAGUUGAGUGCACCGUUUGCCUGAGAGCGUGUUCACUCUCUGGACCGCGACUCCGCGACGUCAAACCCUCGCGCUCCCUUGCGUGGACGUCUUCCAAACGAAUCCCCCCCGCCGAGGCCCGCAUACGAUGCAUAUACCUCCAAGCUAUGUUGCUGCUGGCCCAGCGACAGCGACACCAAGCAUCACCCCUCAUAAUGACGUCUUUUGGAUAUUCAAAGAGAAGGGAGGGUAUGCAGAGAACUGGAGCAGUCUUAUUGGCAUCAUUACGGCCAUUAUCGGGAAUGUGCUCAUAUCGUUUGCGCUGAACAUGCAGCGAUAUGCGCACAUACGGUUGGACCGGGAGUGGCAGGAGAAGGAGCGGCAAAGAAAGAGGAGAAUUGCCUCAUCGUCAAGUCUUGCAAGACUGAGCGAAGACGCGGGGAAGAAAGACAACAGGGCAUACUACUCGCGCCAGCAACGCGAAGAUACGAACGGUUAUUCACGACCUUCAAUAGAUGCCGAUUACGAAACGACCGAAUCCGAUCCCCUCCUCCCGCGCGAUACUAGACCGGCGAUUGAAAGACAAGACAGCGCAGUCUCAGACCAAGACGCCGCGUACAAGCAACAAUCCUACCUCAAAUCUCCUUACUGGUGGCUCGGCAUAGUCAUGAUGACCAUUGGCGAAGCAGGCAACUUCCUCGCCUAUGGCUUCGCGCCCGCUUCCAUCGUCUCUCCCCUUGGCGUCGUCGCCCUGAUUUCCAACUGCAUCAUCGCACCGUUCAUGCUCAAGGAGCCCUUUCGGAAGCGCGACGCGCUUGGAGUUAUCAUUGCUGUCGGGGGUGCGGUGACGGUCGUAUUGAGCGCGAGCGAUAACAAUCCGAAACUGGGGCCGGAUGAGAUUUGGGACUUGAUCAGACGGUGGGAAUUUGAGACGUACUUGGGGAUUACGGUGGGUGUCAUUGCGGGAUUGAUGGUGUGCAGUAAUCGCUUUGGAGAGAAGAAUAUUCUGAUCGAUUUGGGCCUUGUGGGCUUAUUUGGCGGCUACACGGCUCUCUCGACUAAGGGUGUCGCGUCGCUACUCUCAUACACCCUCUGGCGCGCUAUCACCUUCCCCGUCUUCUACCUGCUUGUUGCUAUCCUUAUUGGCACUGCAGUCAUGCAAAUCAAGUACGUCAAUCGGGCGCUCCAGCGUUUCGACGCCACGCAGGUCAUUCCGGUGCAGUUCGUUCUCUUCACGUUGUCGGUCAUUGGCGGGUCUGCAGUCUUGUACCGCGACUUCGAACGUACCUCUGGCGAAGAUGCGGGGAAGUUUGUUGGAGGUUGUGCUUUGACUUUUUUUGGUGUUUGGCUCAUUACGAGUGGACGACCUCAGCGCCUCAAUGAGGAUGACGAGGACCGAGACCCCGAACCGGAGGAUGCAAUCAGCCUCGUCGGAGAGUCGUAUCGAGACGAAGUCGAUGGCCUGAGCAAUGAACCUGGCGCUGGGAGUACUCGACGGCCAUCGACGAUACGCACGUCUUCUCCAUCCAAGAAGCUUCACUCACAGUACCGCGAUGAGGACGACUCGCGACCGAGGACUCCAGAUAUCAAAGUCACACUGGACCCGUCCACACCAAGGCCGCAUGGCGAUCGACCAGCCUCUGCAGAUGUCUUGUCAUCAGUCGUCGCAGAUCCCUGGACCCAAGAGCACGGACCCGAGCAUCGUACACCACCCUUUAAUAGACACACCUCUACACCCGUCCUCCCCUCGGAAGCAGCUCCUCCACCUCUCGCAUCAAGAUCCAAUCCCGAGCUCCCAGUUCCGCGAACACCGACACGCGGCAAAUCCCAGUCCGAAAUUCCCACCACGCCCGGCACUGCUCAAUCUCACCUCCGCCGUAUUCGAGCAGGCGAACGCGCUGGCACUUACUCUCGACAUUCGGUUGCCGGACCGCUGUUGGCUAGUCCACUAAGCACGACCCUGAGUGCUAUGGUACAGGACCUCAAGCGGGGAGGGAGUAUACGCGGUGAGGCUUCGAUGCGGCGGCGAGAAAGCAUUCUGGGUAUCGGUGCUGGCGAAGCAGAUGGCACCUCAUUCGGCGGCCCCAUUAGUAGGCGACACACUCGUGAUAGUGACGUGAAUGAACCGGCAGUGACGCCCGGUGGAAGGACAAGGAGUUUUAGUGGGACGUUGAAUGACCUCUGGCGGGGUAUACGCGGCCAGAGCAGCCGGGAGAAUCUCGAUGCAGCAGAAGAGGCACGUAGCAGUGGAGCAGAUCCGAGAUCAGACGUGGAGAGGUGACGAUAGUGGUUGGCAGAGUUUGAAUCUUCUUCUGCAUAUAGUUGGAUAGAGGGUGGAUUCGGUGUCGUAUAGUGGUAAUACCUCGUUCUUGUAGUCUGUUAGCAUAGCGAGCGAUUCUUGGUUUGUUUUGCAUUAGCGAAGUAUAUUAUCACCGUAAUAGAAGUCUAAAGUUUGAACAUGACUUUGUU